UUGGGGGCGCGACAGCCUAGCAAAAAUGGCGGCGGCAAUGCGGGUGUUGGUGGCCGGAACAAAGUUAAGCGCUGUAGUGAGAGUUCUCGGGAGCCUGACAGCGCGAAGCAUCGCAGUUCGCAGCCUUUGUAGUCAGCCCGUCUCCGUUAACGAGCGCAUCGAGAAAAAGCGCAACAGUGCACUGGUGGGAGGUGGCCAGCACCGUAUUGACGCGCAGCAUAAGAGGGGAAAGCUAACGGCCAGAGAGCGGAUCAGUCUCUUGCUGGACCCUGGAAGCUUUGUUGAGAGCGACAUGUUUGUGGAACAUAGAUGUGCAGAUUUUGGAAUGGCUGCUGAUAAGAAUAAGUUUCCUGGAGACAGUGUGGUCACUGGACGGGGCCGAAUCAAUGGAAGAUUGGUUUAUGUCUUCAGCCAGGAUUUUACAGUUUUCGGAGGCAGUCUGUCUGGAGCACAUGCCCAAAAGGUCUGCAAAAUUAUGGACCAGGCCAUGACAGUGGGAGCUCCAGUGAUUGGGCUGAAUGACUCUGGGGGAGCACGGAUCCAGGAGGGGGUGGAGUCCUUGGCUGGCUACGCAGACAUCUUUCUGAGGAAUGUCACAGCAUCCGGUGUCAUCCCACAGAUCUCUCUGAUCAUGGGCCCGUGUGCAGGUGGGGCUGUCUACUCCCCGGCCUUAACAGACUUCACAUUCAUGGUAAAGGACACCUCCUACCUGUUCAUCACUGGUCCAGAUGUUGUAAAGUCUGUCACCAAUGAGAAUGUUACCCAAGAGGAGCUUGGUGGUGCCAAGACCCACACCACUUUGUCAGGUGUGGCCCACAGAGCUUUUGAAAAUGAUGUUGAUGCCUUGUGUAACCUCCGGGAGUUCUUCAACUACCUGCCCCUCAGCAGUCAGGACCCUGCUCCUGUUCGUGAAUGCCAUGAUCCCAGAGACCGUCUGGUUCCUGAGCUGGACACAAUUGUCCCUUUGGAGUCUACCAAAGCGUACGACAUGUUGGACGUCAUAUACUCCGUUGUUGAUGAGCGAGAAUUUUUUGAGAUCAUGCCCAAUUAUGCCAAGAACAUCGUUGUUGGUUUUGCAAGAAUGAACGGGAGGACUGUUGGAAUUGUUGGCAACCAACCCAAGGUGGCCUCAGGAUGCUUGGAUAUUAAUUCAUCUGUAAAGGGGGCUCGUUUUGUCCGAUUCUGUGAUGCAUUCAAUAUUCCACUCAUCACUUUUGUUGAUGUCCCUGGGUUUCUACCUGGCACAGCACAGGAGUAUGGAGGAAUCAUCCGGCAUGGUGCCAAGCUGCUCUAUGCAUUUGCUGAGGCAACUGUGCCCAAGGUUACAGUCAUUACUAGGAAGGCCUAUGGAGGUGCCUAUGAUGUCAUGAGCUCCAAGCACCUUUGCGGCGACACCAACUAUGCCUGGCCCACAGCAGAGAUCGCAGUCAUGGGAGCAAAAGGUGCUGUGGAGAUUAUCUUCAAAGGGCAUGAGAAUGUGGAAGCUGCUCGGACAGAGUAUAUUGAGAAGUUUGCCAAUCCUUUUCCUGCAGCAGUGAGAGGAUUUGUGGAUGACAUCAUACAGCCUUCCUCCACUCGUGCCCGAAUCUGCUGUGACCUGGAGGUCUUGAUCAGCAAGAAGGUGCAGCGUCCUUGGAGGAAACAUGCAAAUAUUCCACUGUAAACAAAUCAGUGGAAAAUGAACCAAGAGCAGAAUUACUGCCUGGUUUUUUACACCCCAUCCCUGUCUUUUGCAAGAAAUCUAAAUACCAGUAAUAACUUGGAAUAAUUAAGUUUAUUAAAUUUUAGAAAAUGUUUGAUGCUUUACUGUAAAAUAAUUAUGCUUUAUUAAAAUACUUAAUUGGUA